UGUAGUGAUGUACCAAAUGCGUGGUUACACUGUAAGCGUGCAACGAGUUUCGGAGAACCGGAAUGGCACAAAUUAUUGAAAAGUUCACCGUACCCCUCUUGUGGGUCCUGGACAUACUGGGUCUUAUGCCCGCUCCCUUUUCCAAACCAACCUGUUGGACAAAACUACGCCAGCUGAUAUCGAAAGUUCUCGCAGUCUUUCAAGCAUCCACACUGCUGUUUCACUGUUACGACUAUCUCAGCGACACCAUUCCAAAAUUUACCCAUUUUUCCUCAUACAUCCUCCUGAUUGUCUACAUCACCGAAGGCGUGACACUACCCAUUGCUAUUAUCCUGUUACGUAAAGCCGGCGCCCCGAUCCACUCUCUACUGAAAGAAAUCAGCGAGAAAUUCUCCGGUAUUAUUACAAAAGAAGACAAACGCACCGUAGUGAUUUUCGCCGUAACCUGGUUUGUGGCCUGCCUUGGACCGGGAAUCUAUUAUUUUCGCGAUGAUCUGUACGAGAAUCUGGAAAGUGACUUGGUGCAGUUUCGGGAGAAAUAUCCAGCGCCUAUAAUACCGGAUAACGUGGCGCGCUGGUUAACGGCGCUGUUCGACGUCUUCUGGACGGUGUCGAUCUUCAGUAAAGAAGCCAUUCAAUUCCUCGUGGUUUUUGUCGCGCUGAUCUUGGGAAUUAUAUUUCGCCGCAUUGCCCUCAACGUUACCUUUGAUCCGGAUGUCGAAGUCCCAGAAAAAGUCCAGGUUAAACAGAGAGAAUUGAUUGUGCAGGCAUUUGAAGAUCAUAAAUUUCUGAUGGAUAAAAUGCGAGAAUUCGAUAAACAGUUGAACGCCGUGAAUUUUAUCCGCUGCAUGGAACUGUAUGGGCUGUGCCUGGCAUGUGGUUAUUCUAUUAGUCAGCGCUUCAGCGAGGCGAUGAACGCAAGAUCGGAUCGUAUGGCUAUUCUGGCCGGCAUGGAGCUGAUUCAAUAUGGAGUGCUGCUGAUGCUUCACGUUGGUGCUCUGGUUUUCCUGUUUGAGAAGAGCCAAAUGAUCGCUAACGCUCUGGACGGCGAAGCCGGCAAAGAUCGCGAUUUGAAGAGAUAUGUCAAACAAAUCCGAGAGGAGCCGGUGUCCAUUACCAUGGGCGGUGUGACCUUUAGUCGGGAAUCGGCUAUUGCGACCGCAGGUAGCACCAUGGGUUAUAUUUUGAUCUUCUCAGAACUGGCCGACAGCGGAAAGGAUUUUGAUAAGAACGAGUUUGUGGAGAAACUGAAAUUGUUCGUGCGAAACAGUUCCAGCCUAUACGUACCCGCCCGAGGAAAAGGCGUAUGA